AUGGCUCAUGUUGGCGUCCCCACUUUCUCUCUACGCUUUAAGAAUAGCAAUAAACCCGCGAUGCUGCGACACAAGCGCAGGACCUACAGGUGGUGGUGGGCUCAUUCCAAUUAUGAGCCCAACUUACCGGUCACAGAGAAAUCAAAUCCAAUCACCAGAGAUAUUGAUUGAGCAAACUCAAAAGAAAUAGUACAAAUGCUGCAAAAAUGUGAUACAGAAAUCUUUGAAAGAACAUGAUAUGGAAAUCCAAUGUAUCAGACACUAAACAGCUCGCCUGUGAUUCAGACAAUAGUGGACAUUACCAAAAGGGUUGAAGUUAUUCUUAAGGAUCCAGAAAACAGCCUGAUUGUCCUCAGUGGCUGUGGGACUUCAGGUCGUGUUGCAUUUCUCCUGGUGGUAAAAACAAAUUAGUGGCUUGCUUCUCAUCAUCGAAAGCAAAUCUACUCGUAUAUCAUUGCUGGAGGUGACAGAGUGCUGCUGACAUCACAGAAAACUCCUGAAGAUGAUCCCUUGCUGGGAGCUCUCCUCCUGGACAAGGCUUGUGUAGGAAAGAAGCAUGUCCUCUUCAUUGGAAUAUUCUGUGGCCUGUCGGCUCUGUUUGUUGCUGGCCAACUUGACUUUUGUCUGAGGAAUCUUGAGAUCUUUACUCCAGUGCUGUUUAAAUUUAUUCCUGUUGACAUGGCACGGUAUCAAAGAUUAAAUUAUUAAAUGGCUUUAAGACUGAACCAAUUUAGAACUGAGAGAAUGUAUGAAAUACAGAAGCAACAAAAGGCCUAUGUGCUCAAUCCAGCUGUAGGGCCUGAAGCAAUUAGUGGAUCUUCAAGAAUGAAAGAAGGAAGUGCCACAAAAAUAAUUCUUGAAACUUCCUAUUUAAAGGCCACGAAGCUGCAUAUAAAUGUUAACACUCAUAUGUUGUUUUUACUAGUGAUACUGUAUACAGCAUACACUUAUUCACAGACUAAGGAACUGGCAGCCCUAGUUCAAAAAGCUGUAAUAAGCCUUCCAAGCAAAGGACAUGUGUAUUAUCUUGGGUGGCAGACUCUUUGCAUUAUGGGGAUUAUUGGUGCUAGUGAAUGCAUUCCAACAUUUGGAGCAGGCUUUGAAGAUAUCAGAGGCUUUGUUAGCAAUGGCUUCAGUGAAAUGAACAACAAAGAGGAAGAUCUGUCAUCUCUAAGGUUUACAGGCAGCACCCAGGAACAGUGUGAGACAGCUCUGCUAAGAGCUAUCUAUGACGUAGAAGAGCUGAGUGCCGAGAUGAUCUUGUCUGAUGUCACACUACACACGCUUGUGGCUAACGAAAGGGACAGAAUACGUGCUUGUUUACAGACUAUUGCAUAUAGAUGCAUGCAGAUGUGA